CGCUAAAAUGCAACCAAAUUCCCGCAUGUGUGGCAAAUUAGAGCAAUCCUGUCACUGAAAAUGCGUGCAGAGGCAUUGGUGCCGAACAUGCGUAAAAUCCAUCAGGUGUCCAGGCAUGCGUUAUGGAAGCUCGUCUUGCGCUCUCUUGUGGAUUUUUCCGAGCACUGUGUUGAGUUUCAUCGGGAAGCCCGGAGCUGUCGAGGCACAUAUGGGGAGCGCAGUUUCCGUCCGCUUGGCACCUGUUGCUGGUUUAUUAGUAUUUUUGGCACCUGCCUGUUGAAGAUUUUAACGACACACAUCUCCACCAUGUCGGAGGAACACACUGAUUCCAACUCCAGCGGCUACAAUUUUGACAAUCCCUCAACACGGAUCCAGAGCAGCUUCGUGUUCUCAGGACCCAUUUUUGUCAUUCUGAUAGUGAUGAUGGUGACUUUGGUCGUGGUGAUAGUUUUGGGCAACGCGCUGGUCAUUUGGGCUUUUAAGGUAGACAAGAGUUUGAGGAGACAAUGCAAUUACUACUUCCUGAAUUUGGCAAUCUCAGAUUUUCUUGUAGGGGCGUUCUGCAUCCCCGUCUAUAUCCCCUACAUCCUGACAGGCAGGUGGACGUUGGGUCGAGGACUGUGCAAGCUGUGGCUGGUUACAGACUAUCUACUGUGCUCGGCAUCUGUCUUCAGCAUUGUGCUCAUCAGCUAUGACCGUUUCCUCUCUGUCACCAGAGCGGUAAGUUAUCGAGCCAGACAGAGCAUGACUCAUCAAGCUAUAAUCAAGAUGAUUGCCGUCUGGGUGCUGGCCUUUGUCCUGUAUGGGCCAGCUAUCAUAUUCUGGGAGCUGGUGGUCGGCAGAAGCCGCGUGCCAAAAGAUGAGUGCUUUGCAGAGUUCUAUUACUCUUGGUACUUUCUGCUAAGUGCCUCUAUGUUGGAGUUUUUCUCUCCUUUCAUCUCGGUGGCUUUCUUCAACCUCAGCAUUUACCUCAGUAUACGCAGGAGGAGGAACCACCACAGGGAAGCCCAGCUUCAGCAUCAGCUUCAGGCAAGUGAACCUGCCUCUGCCCAAGGGGAAGGCAUCCCUCUGUCCCACAACUGGGGAUUUGGGAUAAAACUGCCUGGUAGAGGCUCCAUCCACUCUCAGACCUCCUCCCCCUGUUUGGGUAAACUGGAUCCCUCAACCAGCAGGGCUGCUCAGCCGAGCCGUCUGUCCAGGGAUAAGAAAAUUGCUAAGUCCUUGGCCAUCAUUGUAUGUGUGUUUGCCAUCUGCUGGGCACCAUACACCCUACUGAUGAUCAUCCGUGCUGCCUGCAGAGGACGAUGCAUCCAGCAUCACUGGUAUGAGGUCACCUUCUGGCUCCUGUGGCUUAACUCGGCUAUUAACCCAUUCCUGUACCCUUUGUGCCACAGUAGCUUCCGCAGGGCCUUCAGCAAGAUUCUCUGCCCAAAGCGAUACACAACUCCGCCUUCGUCUGUCCUGCGCCCUGGCCAGUGAUAGGAAGACACCAAUGAACAAUGUGCUAAAACAGUUGAUUAAAAGCAGAUUAAACUAAUCUGUGUCCAACAGUUUGUCAUAAGGUUCGUAAUGGAUAGUCUCCAAUUGCAUUUUUAGUGUAUGGUUGAAUUCUGUACCACAGCAUGUGAUAUCUUGCCUGUCAGUUUUAUGUAUACAACAGGAAUGAAAUAAUUUGUCAUGUGGAUAUUCACAAAAGUAAUAUCAUUGUUUAUUUACCAUAAGGAAGUGGACAUUUUAGGUAGCUCUUUGUCAGUUGUAUAAAAUAAAGGACAUCUUAAUAGUAAAAGAUGGAACUUUCCUUAGA